CGUUGACAUUAACAAAUUAUAUAGAUCAGUUAUUAAACAAUAUAAAAUAUCAAAAUGGCGCAUUUUCAAACAGUUUCAAUUUAUAAUUACAACAACCCUACAAUGAAGAUUAGAACUAACCUGUAUUUAAUUACGGCGAUACUGCUAACAUCAAACUUAUUGACACUAUGUGAAGGCGACAGUGAUAUUGAUCAUGACUCAUUCCCUGACAACUUAGAUGAUCAUUUUGAUCACUUGGAUGAUUUACAUGAUAUGGUGGGUCCUAUACUAGAUAAUGACAAAGUCAUUCAUAGAGUUGAAUUAGUUGAACAUAAUGGAGAUAUAUUGACUAAAUAUGCAACAACAUCUCAUACAAAUCAAGAGACAAAGAACGAAAUAUUUCCUAACACGAUUACUACCAUCCAACAAUCUAAUGCUCCUGCCAGUUUUACAAAAGUAAUAAAAAAAACGAUAAUAAAACAAUCUAAUAAUGAUGGAAAUAGUUCCCCAGAAACCGAUUUAUCGAUGAAUGAUAUGUACAGUACAAAUAAAUUGAAAGAAAACGGAAUUAGUAAUUCAAUGUCAAAGUCUCAAACUUUAUCUCAAAUGGAUCACGUGAAAAACAUUGGUUUGCCACCUUUACCUUUACAAAAAACUUCUGAUCUACAAGGUAAUAUAAAAAAUAUAAUACAUACUACAGUUACAAAAACAACUACAAGUGCAGGAAGUCCGUCAAAUGAAUUAAACGAAUCUUUUAAUAGAAAACAUAGUUUGGACGGACUGUCUUCAAAUAAUAUCAUAUCCACAACGAGUUCUACAAAAUCAAAUUUCAAUGAUGGAACUGUAAUUUCAGGUUCCUUACAAUCGAAUUCAAUGGAAGGAGGUAGUAAUAUUAAAAAAAUCUCAAUGACAGAAGAUAUGAUCAAUGGGAAUGGUAUAAAUAAAUCUCAAAGAAUAUCUCGUACACCAGUAGGUUCCAUCAGACGUACAAAAACUACAAUAAUAAAACAACAUAGUGUAAAUGACGACAAUGAUAGUGAAGAUUUAGAUAAAUCUAAUAUGGAAUUUAAUACAGAAAAUAUAUCUUCAAAUAAUAUUGCAUCAUCUAUGACAAAUCCUUCAGGGUUUAAUACUAUGACUACUACAACCAUUGACAGGGAUAAUUCUAAUAAUAAUGCAUUUAAUCAAGGAAUACCAUCCAGAAGAGAAAAGACCCGUUUUCACAAAUUUAAUGGAAAUUCAGUAUCUGAAAGUGGAAUUUCUCAGAAUCCAGGCUCAUUUGUACAAACCAAAACAACAAUAAUAAAAAAUGGGAGGGCGGCUGAUGAAAUAAAAUUUGAUGAUUUAAAUGGUGGUAAGAUAGACUAUGGUAUAGACAGUGGAUUUUCUAACUCAAAUAAUAACAUAAAUUCAAAUUAUAUCGUAUCUUCGAGUAAUAAUGGUAAUGAUGACGACAAUAAUUUCAGUUUUAAUUAUGGUUAUAAGAAUGGUCAUGGAAGUGGGCUCCAAAAUAAUUACAAUGGUAACUAUUAUGGUAUUUCUGAAAAUAAGUAUAAUGGUAAUAUAAUGUCUUCCGAUAUGUUGGGUAACGAAUAUGUUGUCGAGUAUAGUAAUGGGAAUGGCAAGAGAAAAAAAAGAAAGAAAAAAGGUAGUACCAUAAAAUAUCAAGGUGGUAGGUCAAAAAAUAUAUCAAAUGGAAGUAGAAAAGGAAAUGGACAAAGAAAAGUUAAAAACGGUAGUAAUUAUAAAAGUACAAAAUCAUCAAAAUCGAGAAGUGGAGGAAGUCCUCGAUAUUAUUCUUCAAAUAGUUAUGUAAAAGGACAAAGCAAGUCUUCAUCAUCUUCAGAGAGUGCAUCAGGUGAAAUAUCUACGGGGAAAAAAACGUCGUGCCAUUGUAAAAAAGGACAGAAGUUAAAUAAAAGAGAUAGUAAUGAAAGUAUUCAAAAUAGUUAUUCAACAGACAAUUUUGGAGCAGGGAGUCAUUAUUUAAGUAAUUCUAUAGAUAAUCAACAAAUGAAAAAUAAUGGAGACUUCCCUCCGUUCAUGGGGCGUGAACCACCACCAAAUUUAAUGUUAAAUAAUAUGAUACUAAGACAGCAACCAAUUCAAUUAUUGAAUGACGGUCAGUCAGAUGUAACAACCAUUUUGAAUAGACAAGGAGAAACGAGAAGUCAACAGAUUGACGAUCAUCAUUCAGCAUAUAUGACAGAUUUUAAGAAUGGGCAAUAUUUUAAAUCUCUUGGUUUAGAUAUAGGUUCAAAUUUUGGUCCUGGUCCAGAUCUAGGUAAAGGUCCCGGUCAUGGCCAUGGUUAUGGUCCCGGUCCAGGUCAUGGUCCCGGUGCAGGUCAUGGUCAUGAUUCCGGUCGAGGUCCCGACCCAGGUAUUGGUUCCGAACCAGGUCCAGGUAAAGGUGCUAGUUUCGGUCCAGGUUUUGGUCCCGGUAAAGGUCCAGGUCAAGAAGCUAAUCUUUUUGGUUCUACAUCAUUUUAUAACGGCAACUUCUUUGAUCGAAAUCAACGGUUACCACUACCAUUUCCUCCAUCACAAUUUCCAUAUCCAUAUUCAUUUAAUAAAGAUAAUUAUUCUGAUUUUUCUAAGAUGGACAUAACUACUCCUGAAUUUAUGGGUAUUCAGUCUGGCCAAGAGAACCAGGUAAACAUAAACACUAUUUUACCUCAAAUACAACAAGACAGUGAUAAUGAAGGCUCUGGAUUUAAUCAAAUGGAUGCAGUUAAUUCAAGAUCUAUAACUACACAUACUAAAAGUAAUAUGAUAAAAAAUAUAAAUAGCGAUCCAAUUAUAGAGUAUAAAAAAAUAACCGAAACAGCAAACAAUAUAGAAAAUAAUAGUAUUCCAGUUAGACAUAUUGUUCAAAUGUUGUCAGUCCCACCUGAAGUUUGAUGGUAAUUAUAAAAAAUAAUAUUCAAAAUAAUUUAAAUGGAUAAACAAUGACAAUAAUGUUAAUGACAAUAAUAUGUUUAAUGUAUUUUAUCAAUGAUUAUUGAUAAAAAAAAACCAAAAAAUUAUUUUGAUAUGAAUAACGACAAAUAAAAAUUCCAAGGUUAAUUAAAAAUUACACAAAAUAAUAAAUAAACAGAUAAUUAUAACUGUUAUAUAUAAAUAUGGAUUAUUAACAUAUUAAGGUUAAUAUUUAUUAUUAAUAUAUAUUAAUUUAUUUAUGUACAUUUAAAUAAAUAAACUAAUACUCAUAAC